AUGGCAUCUAACCCUCUUGAUAUGUCACUGGACGACGUCAUUUCAAAACAGCGUACUGGUAGAGACGGCAAUCGUAAUAACAAUCGCGGUUACAAUAGACCAAGAGAAAACGGAAGAGGAGGGGACAGAAAUACACGCAGAGACAAUAAUUCGCCUCUCUAUUCAAGACUGAGAGGACAAUCAAACCCAGUAACACCCGUUUCUGGUAAUAGUCUUGUCGUAGCCAAUCUUGACUAUGGUGUGACCGAGAGUGAUCUCUACGAACUAUUUGGCCAGAUUGGUCCUCUCAAACGUGCAUUUUUACGUUUGGAUCCAAGUGGUAAAUCAUCAGGUGUGGCUGAUGUGGUCUUUAUAAACCAAAGCGAUGGAGAGAGAGCCAUGACUGCAUACAAUAAUGUUGAAUUGGAUGCUCGACCAAUGCGUAUUACCUAUGCUUCUGUAAUUAAUAAUCGAUACCAGCAAAUUCCUAUGCGUGGUAGCAAUUACAAUAAUAACAACAGUAAUGAUAAUUAUGGUGGUCAGCGCCAAAGAGAUUCCGGAAGAUCCAACCAGUACAACCGUCGUAACAGAAAUAACAACAACAACAAUAGUAACGGUGGUGGGGACAAUCGACAAAAUCAGCGCAGGCGUCAGGAACCUCGACCCAAACCAUCGGAAGCUGAUCUGGAUGCCGACAUGGAUACAUAUAUGAAUACUUUAGAGACUGGUGAAGAGGGUAAAACGGCCUAA